AUGGCUGGAGAUGAUUUGGCACCUGUCUUAAAAGAAUCAAAGACUUCGAUAGAGGUCCUGCGGCUGGACGAGGAAAAAGAGUUCGCUGAUGGCGGACUCAAGGCAUACUCGGUGGUGGCAGGGUGCUGUCUGGGACUGAUUUCCGUGUUCGGAAUGAUAAAUGCACUAGGAGCUAUUCAGGCGUACGUUUCAACACACCAACUUCGCUCCCUCAAGGCUUCGACCAUCUCGUGGAUUUUUGCCUUGUAUGUUUUCGCUACUUACGCAUCGAGCAUCCUUGCUGGUUGCUACUUCGACCGAAACGGCUGCAAAGUCUCCAAAUGGAUUGGAUGUGUGCUCACUGUCGUGGGAGCCUUUUGUCUGGCCGAGUGCAAAGAGCUUUAUCAAUUCAUUCUUUGUUUGAGUGUUCUCUAUGGCACAGGAUCCGGUAUUCUCAUGACUUGUUAUGUAUCCACCGUGGCCACCUGGUUUAAGGACAAAAGAGCCCACGCUCAGUCUCUUGCUGGACUGGGCGGAUCCAUCGGUGGUGUUGUCUUCCCAAUCAUGCUUCGGAAACUUUACUCCCAGCUGGGCUACGCCUGGGCAGUUCGCAUCCUUGCAAUUAUUAUAACAGUUUGUCUGGCUCUUUCAAUGUUUCUCACCAAGGAAAAUGCUGCUGUUAUGAACUACCAGACAGAUAAACUAAGCUGGAAAGAAACCGCCCGCGUUUACACCCGAUACAGCGUCGACUUCCAGGGUUUGAAAGACAGAAAAUUUCUGUUGUGUGCCCUCGGGUGUUGUUUUGCCGAAAAUGGCCUUUUAGUUGCAUCCACUUAUUUCCCCUCAUACGCCCUUUCCACGGGCGUUUCGGAAAGCACAUCCUAUACCCUGAUCACUGUUAUUAACGCAGCUGGAAUCUUGGGUCGAGCAUCCGGCUACAUAGGCGACCGAUACGUGGGACGCAUGACGAUUAUCACGAUUGGUCUUUUUUUCAUGACGUUUUUCUCUCUCGUUCUAUGGCUUCCCUUCGGACAUACACUCAGUGUUUUAUAUGUCUUUGCAGCAUUGUACGGAGUCUUUUUCUCUUCGAUCUUGUCCCUUGUACCGAUAGCUGUUGGGCAAAUAUGCAAAAUAGAGGAGUUUGGUAGAAGAUACAGCAUGAUGUAUCUAAUGACAGCGCUGUGCAGUUUAGGUGCCAUUCCUGCUGCGGGUGCUAUCAUAGGGAAGGGAACAGCUAAGAAUUUUCAAAUGUUCAUUGUCUACUGCUCAUUGCUUACAUUCGCGGCGGCUGGCUGUUACAUGGCCACGCGCUUUCUAGCUAUUGGACGUAGCAAGAGAAAGUUUUGA